CACGUCACGGGUUUAGUGCAGCCAUUCUCGAAUAGGUCUAGUGUCCGACGGCACGGGUCAGACUUUCCCUGUUUCGGAGAAGGAUACUUACUGUGAGCCUCGCGGAACUCUGGGCAUUAGUAUCGUGCUUGCAUGCCUUUGUAUACUGCCUACUGUACCUCCAUACGCUGUGGAAUUAGAACGAUCAGUUGGCCAAGUUUCAUUACAUUCAACCGUUCAUUAUGCCGUCAUCGACAACAAAACGGCGCACGCUCCAGACGCAACGGCCGCGGCAGAGGCGAUGGGCCCCUCAUGUGAGAACAGGUUGCAUAACUUGCAAAAUUCGGAAGACAAAGUGUGACGAGGGCAGACCAAGUUGCCAAAAGUGCCUGUCAACAGGGCGCCUUUGCGAUGGCUAUGAGGAUAUAAAGAAUUCACACGACGAGCUGGCUGCCUACGCUGUGUCACAGGCGCCAUCUACCUGGGACUUUCUUUCACAAGAUGUAGGAGAGAACGAGAACUUCUUCUUUUUCCGUUCGGUCACUACUUUCACUUUGGCUGGAUUCUUCGACAGCGGCUUUUGGUCUCGUCGGCUAUUGCAGGUCUCUCAUCAUUAUCCGGCUCUCCGGCAUGGCAUGGCCGCACUGGCAUGCAUCCACCGCGAGUAUGCGACCGAUAGCACUCCGUCCACUCAGCCACGUAUAGGCGAGAGCCGAAAUAUGGAGUUUGCUUUGAAGCAGACGAACAAAUCCAUUCAAUCCCUUCGGAAGCUGCUGUCGGAGCCUGUGCUAGGUAACGAGGAUAAAAUGGUCGUGCUAGCCACCUGCAUUCUUUACACCUGCAUAUGUACCCUGCAGGGCCGUCAGUACCAGGCCUUCAUACAUAUCAACAACGGGUUAAAGCUUUUUCAUCAGUGGGCGGUGGGCCAGAAACUUCGCAGUCAGCCAGAAGUGUGGCAGGGAGCUGAUAUGCUUUUACUGGCUUUCAUCCGGCUCGACUCACAGGUGCGUCCAUACUUAGUGGGCCAAACCGCCUCUCUUGGUUGGAACAAUAAUCAAAUAGCUCCACCACCCACGACCGACCCAUUCACCAAUUUACUCGAGGCGUACGUGUCAUUGGAAGCCUUGUUCAAUCGCAUCAUGCGGUUCUUCCUCGGACAAGACACGCAGGACCCGUGUGCACAUUCCAAGGCCGUGGAAAAGGAGAUGUAUAUACGACUCCUGCAUGAUUGGGACACCAGACUAGCCAACCUGUUAAGGACUACCCCCCAAUCAGACGAUGGUCGAGCUUUGGAUCUCCUUUCAGCUCGACGCAAGUUUACCAAGCUUCUGUUAUGCGCAGACCCAACUCAAAGCGAGCUGGCUCCGGACGCUUUCCUUAACGAUUGUAUAGACAUGGUUGAAGCCAUUACCCGGAUUCUUGAGGAUUCACAGUAUCAAGCGUUGCGACGAUACGAACAUGCCGAGCAGGCAACAUCCGUAAACUUCAGUUUAGAGAAUGGAAUCGUCGAGCCUUUAUUCUGGGUCGGGGCCAAAUGUCGUGAGCCUAUUAUCCGCCGUCGGGCGUUGGAUCUGUUGCAGCGGUAUCCUCGCCGGGAGGGAAUCUGUGAGGGAAUGUUAGCGGUGAAGAUAGUCGCCAAGGUCAUAGAGAUUGAGGAGUCUGGAUGCCCACAAGCGCUAGGUGAUAUGCGUGUCACAAGUCCUUGUACCCGUGGACAAUGGAUUUGCGAAAUCCAUCGCGUGUCUUCAUGGGAGUUCACCCUGGUCACUGAGCGGUUGGUGCGUGUCGUUUUGAGGACUGUCGAGGACUGGGCCGUAUCACGUCCAGGGACUGAAUUUACCACGUCUUGGUGGUAGGACGUUACGUCGUAUGAAGUCCAGCUAGGAGGAGUAUUGCAGUUCGUGGCUAUUUGGCGAUCUGUUCUCCAUCUGGGGUCCAGAAAAGAUCGCUAUUGGAAGAUUUAGAUAAUUAGUAUUCUGAGAUCAGUCAUGUACGGUAUAAAAAAUGUAUUAUUGAUUGUCAAAA